AUGUACAUAGCUCCAAUAUAUCCACAUAAACUCUCAUCCACUGACUAUUUACUCAUUCGCUCUUCAAAGGGAAAGCUCUCAUUAAGACGCAUUGACCGGAUUUACGUUGUUGCUCAACAGGUAUGUGCUUUUGAAAGCAUGCUAGCUGGAAUGUGCAGACUUAACCGUCUAGGAAUCAGCAUGACUCAUCCAUCUGGUCUCUCCUCUGCAAUGAAUCAGCACCCUGAUAAAGUAAUAGCUUUAGCUGCUGCUUCCUACAUCGAGAGAGAAUUACAAAGAACUCCCUGGAAUUUAAGCAACAACUUUGUUGCUUGUACAAAUCAGGAUAGAGGAAAUAUUGAAAGAUUGGAGAUUACUGGUGUUGGUGAUCCAUCUGUCACUAGAAAUGAUGCUGAUGUUCAUAGAUUAAGCAUGGAUGCUGCAAGAGAGGUGCUUAUUAAAUUCAAUGUUCCGGAAGAACAGAUUGCAAAACUUACAAGAACGAGAGACGACAACCCCCUCAUUCCCUACUCUUCUUCUUUCUUCGAGACAGUUGAGCUCCGGUGGUGCUUUUCCGAUUCAUCACUGCCCAACAACCCCACCUCUUCUCUUGCUUCCGUUUUCCUCCUUUUCCUGUCAUUCGGAUCCACUAAGACAUCCUCCAAAUGUCGAUUGUUUCUUUUUUGCCCCAUCCCUUCGAGUUUCACUGUUGAAGGUUCCUAUCUGCCUUUCGUUCGAAUCGAUGGUGAGUUUUCGUUUCAGGUAAGGUUUUGUGUGUGGAUUUUGUUUCAGAUCUACCCUUCUUCAUCUUCGUUUCAAAUUUGGAACCAAGAACAUACCUACCUUCAACUUUUGGAUUUGGGUUUUAUUUCAGAUCCAAAAUUAAGAACGAAGAACACCCAUUGUGGAUUUGGAUUUGGGAUGUUGGAUGGUGGUGGGUCACGACAGGGGGAGGAGGAGGAGCUGCCACAGUCGACUGUGGUGGCUCUCUUCGCCGAAGAAGUGAGAAACGAGGGAGAUAGACGAGUUGGAGAUGAAAGGGAGGUUGAGGAAGGGAUUCUGAUGACAUCGGCUGUGGUGGGAGGUUGGGCUGUUGCAAAACGAGGGGAGGUGUUGCCCUUCUCCGACGAUGGAGAAGAAGGAGGAGGGAGUUUUUUUCUGAUGAGAUACUAA